GCUGAAUGUUCGUUAGCCCUUGAACUUAGAUGACCACCAACGAGCCCAUAGUCCAACGGCACCGCUGUCACGACCGACAAUGUCAAGAUAUGAUCAUUUCCAUACAGUCACUUGUCCAACGUCACUUGUGGAAAUGUACGAUGUUCAACAUUUAGCGCUAAGGAGAAUAUAUACCGAGGACAAGAAUGGCUACAUCCAGUGUGGAUUCACAGGAUACCAUCCGCCUUGCCCUUGAUCUAGUACUUCUCAGUUGACCUUUCAUCGCUCACGAAGCUAAUCGAGAAAGCAUGGAGAACGUCGAUGUGAGGACGGAAGACUUGCCAGACAAUUUGACGCCCUUUAUCACUCGAACAGCUCUGGACCAUAUUGGUGGAGGUGCAUUUGGCGAUGUCUGGAAAUGUAAUUAUGAUGCAAAUGGUAUUUCUGCCCUCGUUGCGGUCAAGGCCUUUAGACUUCCAGAAAGUUAUGAUUUAGAGGCACUCAACAGGAAAAUCAGCCGAGAGAUAGGCAUAUUGAGAAUUCUACGCCAUAACAAUAUCGUACCCUUGUGGGGUAUAACGACAGGAUUUGGACGAAUAUCAGAGUUGCGUUGCUUAGUAUCUCCGUGGAUGCCAAACGGCACGUUGAAUGUAUACCUAGUAUCUAAUCACAAUGACCUAACACCUCUAGACCGUUCGCGUAUGCUGAAGGAUGUCAGUGCUGGACUUCGUUACUUGCACUCGAUUUCUGUCAUGCACGGGGAUAUAACAGGGGCAAAUAUACUGAUCGACAAAGGAGGCCAUGCGAGGUUAAUCGACUUUGGUCUUUCCACCAUCACACAACCCCUUAUCGACCAGUCCCACUUGGCCGCGACAUCCAUACGUCCAGGCGCAAUCCGCUACGCAGCACCAGAACUCGUUCUACUAGACAAUACCCGCGAGCUGCCAGUGCCUCUAGAAAAAGCUGAUAUAUACUCUUUUGGUUCUAUAAUGCUUCAAAUUCUCUCGGGUCUGCGUCCUUGGUCUGAGAUCCCGUCAGAAGCGUUCAUCAUCGUUAGGAUCUCGCAGGGUGAUGGACCGCAACGUCCUGAUAGUCAACCUACCAUAAUAGACUCCGAUUGGAAAUUCAUCCAAAAAUGUUUGCAAUCCGAACCCGAACUUCGACCUUCAGCAGAUGAAGUGCUUGACUUUGUCAUGCAUAGGUUUUCCUCUCCAGACCCUUGUCACGGCAGUGGACCGCCUGACGAUCCUUCCGAUGAUGGACCUGAUAAUGACCCCGGAGCUUCCCCACAGGGUGGUUCUAAUGAGUCAGAUACGGUAGAACAACCACCCGGCAGUCCACCUGGUCGCGAAUCAAAACCUUCAAUUUUGUUAAAGCCUCGAAUUUCUUACUGUCAUAGUGGUUCAGCUACUACGCACUCCGGAACAGCACCCAACAAUCCCGAUGUUGGACCGGAUAAUGACCCCGGAGCUCCCUCACAUGGUGGUUCUAAUGAGUCAGAUACGGCAGAAAAGCCACUCGACAGUCCACCACUCCACCCUGAUCACGGACCGAAGACUUUUUUCACGUUCACGGAUAGUUUGUUCACGACCACGGAAAGUUCGUCUACAUCCACCUCGAAUGCUCCUGUAUUUUCCACACCGGGCUUCUUCCAUUACGACGACUCAAGUAAUGCAAUGUCUGGGUCCUCCACUAGACGAGAACCUAUGCACCAUUCUCUCGAUGAGGUGUUUCAGUGCAUGUGGGCUAGUUCUCACGGGUUACAUUGCAAUGAGUUGAUUCGUGGCCACGAUCUUUCUCUUCACCUACGUGAAGCUCAUGGAAUUCAUGGCUCAGACAAGUCUCGCGUCAUGUGCAUGUGGGAUGGUUGUCAUGUGGAACCUAUCAAAGAAUCCCUCUCGAGGCAUGUGGAAGAGAUGCAUUUAGGAAUUGUGUACACCUGUGAAUGCGGGAACAGGUUCUCGCGUAAAGAUACCCUCAACCGACACAGAAGGACGUGCAUGGCCUAGAGUUUGCAUUUUAAUAUUGAGUAACUGGUAUACCGGUAUGUA